AUGAUGCCGAGUGAAGUUGCUGUGCCAUACGAGGCAAAAGGUACGCCAAUUGUUGAGUUUGUUGAGCACAAUGGUGCCAAAUUUAAAACCGUUUGUUGGAAAGUUCCUCAACUGGUCAAAUAUAAAGGCAAGAUCAUUUUUGUUCAUGGGUUUUCUGAGCAGCUGGGUAUUUAUACCGAGUUUUUUGACAAUUUGUCUCAAAAUGGUUAUGAAGUGUUUUUUUUCGAUCAAAGAGGUGCCGGAGAAACAUCACCUGGUAAACUUGUUGGACAAACUAAUGAGUUUUACACAUUUGAUGAUUUGGAUUUCUUUAUUGCUAGAAACUAUAAAGAGUUGAAAAAUGCUAAUGAAAAGUUCUUCCUCAUGGGCCACUCUAUGGGUGGUGGGAUUAUUUUGAAUUAUGGAAUUAGAGGAAAGCAUAAGGAUAAGAUAAAGGGUAUAGUCGCAUGUGGUCCACUUAUUUUCUUGCACAAUAAGUCAAUGCCAAAUAUCGUUUCUAGAUUGUUAUUACCCUAUGCGGCCAAGGUCUACCCCGGCUUUACUUUGGACUCAAAACUAAACUAUGACUUUAUUACUACAAACGAACGCUGGAAGAAUUACAUCAUUGAACAUGAUAAGAAAUUAAUUGGAAGCUUUGGCCAGUUUAAUGAUAUGUUUAAGAGAGGCAAGGACUUGUUGAAUCGUGAAUAUGUUGGUAAAUUCGAUAAAAAUAUCUCCUUGUUGAUUUUGCACGGAACCCAUGACUACAUCAACGAUAUCAAAGGCAGUGAAGAGUUUUUUGAAUUGUUACCUGAUGAUAGGAAUAAACUGUUUGACAAGGUCGAUGCUGGAAGACAUAGUCUCUUUAUCGAAAAUGAUAAAGUGUACAAGUUGGUUUUUGACAAAGUUCUUGCUUUCUGUGAUGCUUUAUGA